AACGCCUUCUGGGACCAUUUCCAGUACCUGCUCGAGCGGUCGCAGUGAUGGUGCUCUCCAACCCUCUCCGCAAGAACUCGCUCGCCAGCAACCGCUCUUCCGCCGAGGAACCACGUGAUUCCGACAAUGGUGAUGAUGUCGAGGUUGUGUCCGGCGAGAAUAGCAGCGUCAUCUCCCACAUCAUCUCUCAGCUCCGUCCCGGUGCCGACCUCAGCCGCAUCACCCUCCCUACCUUCAUCCUCGAGCCGAAGAGCAUGCUGGAACGUAUAACGAACUUCAUGGCACACCCCGAGACACUCCUCCCCAUGCCCACCAUUGACGACCCCGUCCAGCGAUUCGUAGCCGUAACCAAAUUCUACCUAUCAGGCUGGCACAUUAAGCCACCAGGUGUCAAGAAACCACUCAACCCCAUCCUCGGCGAGACCUUCACUGGCUGGUGGGACUACCCGGACGGCACUAGAGCGUACUAUGUGGCGGAACAGACAUGCCAUCACCCACCCAAGAGUAGCUACUUCUUUAUGGCACCUGAGCACAAGAUUCGCAUAGAUGGCACACUCAAGCCGCGGUCCAAGUUUCUCGGCAACAGCGUCGGCAGCUUCAUGGAAGGGAUAGCCGUCAUGCGCUUUCUCAACCGCGGAGAGCGAUAUUUCGUUACUCAACCCAACAUGUACGCCCGCGGCAUUCUCUUCGGCAAGAUGAAGUACGAGCUUGGUGACCAGGCAGUCGUACGCUGCCCAGAGACUGGCCUGGAAGCCGACAUCGAGUUCAAGACGAAAGGCUGGGUUGGCGGCACGUACAACGCAAUCGGCGGCUGCAUCAAAGAGACCAAGAGCGGGAAGCAGCUGUACGAGCUCAGCGGUUUCUGGCAUGGCGAGAUGUACAUCAAAGACCUCUCGACGGGCAAGAAGGAGCUUCUAUUCGACGCCACAAGUGCGAAGCCGACCGCCAUCAAAGCACGUCCACUCAACGAGCAAGGACCGCACGAGAGCCAGCGCCUGUGGGACCCUACCACGCGAGCGAUCAAGAAGGCGGAUCAGAAGACUGCAACAGACGAGAAGACGAAAGUCGAAGACGAGCAGAGACGAGAAGCAGCCGAGCGCGGAGAAGGCCAUGUCUGGCAGCCGAAGCUGUUCAAGGCGGCACCGGCAGGCGAUGAAGAACAGCUGGACUGGAUCAUUAGCGCACAAAUUGACAAUGACGCGCCACCGGAGAAGCAAACCGAGCAAAUACUCGCUAUCGCUCCCAUCCUACCCAGUCAAGAGAUGAGCAACCGUCAGCACAGCCAGAAGCAGACGCAACCGCAACCGCAACAGCCACCACAACCGCAGUCGCAGCCGCAAAUGCAACCCUCACAGCAGCCGCAGCAGGAACAGCCAGUGCCAAGAACGACUGGCACCGCACAGCAAAGUCAGCCAGCGCCAAAUACGACUUAUAUGUUCCCACAGCAGGGACAGCCAGCGCCAAGAACGACUGGCAUCCCACAGCACGAUGGCGCAACUCAUCAGCCCUCACAGACGCAGGCCACAGCGUCGUCUCUACCGCAAGCGCUCAGCGGCAUGAGCAUUGCGGACGGAAAGGGCGCCAAUGGGACGGCGCAGCAGCCACCGAAGAAGUGGCGGCCUAACAUGCCGAUAGAGCGGAUGGGAACCUACGGGCCGGAAACGUACACUGAUGCUGAGACGUGAUGAGAACAUGAGAUUAGCUGGCAUCAUGACUUGGCGUUCUGGGACAUGGAGAGUGGAGGAUGAGCUGUACUAUAGACCACCUACGAUACCUAUGAGCUCGAUGAAGCUGCAGCAUCCCUGCAUUGAUGACCGUCAACAAGCUC